AUGGAAGCGAGGCGCAGUAUAUGCCCCAGCCAUGGAAAGAAGCCCUGUGACACUUGUCCCCAUGGAUUAUUAGUAUUCACUGGCUCCUCAGAAAAGGACACCAGCUUGGCCAAGCAAUUUUGGGUCACGGCGUCCCUGUAUCCUCCUAAGGAAUCCCAGCUGUUGGGCAGCAGCUGUCAGCGCCUGCGGAUGGCCAGGCCCUCCAAGAGCAGCGUCACUGAGAAAAGUUACUUGCAGUCUCUUCUCCUUGAGAAAAACAAGGAAACAGAUACCAUUGAUGAAACCCUAAAGAUGGAGGAGAAAAAAAAGUAUCUGGAAAAGGCUAAAAAGAGAGAUGAGAUUCUCCAACUCUUAAAGAAACAAAGAGAAGAAAGGAUCUCGAAAGAACUGAUCUCCCUUCCUUAUAAACCAAAGAGCAAAGUCUAUAAAGAAAAGAAAGUGAUUCCAGAGUCCAAUAAGGAAGACCAAGAAGAAGUCAAAGCCUUGAACUAA